AUGCCAUUUUUGUGCAAAGAUCGACAGGGCAGUGGGCACCUGUGCAAAACGCUCCUCCCAAUGCAUUUGAAGCUGCACCUCAUUGCGAGCACGGGCAAUGCGGAUUGCAGCAGCUAUGGACUAUCUUUGAAGCAAGCACUGCCUUCCAAGGGCAAGCAAUAUCAGUCUGGGAAGAACCCAUGCAGUGUUUCAAGACCCUUAUGUGCUCAGGGCUGUGCCAGUUUGGCCUGGCUGCAUGUAAUCUUGACUGAUGUGCACUCGCAGACUGCGCUCAAUCAUAUUGCGACGUUGCUCACUGCAUCUUUCAAGCUCAGUACCGUCUCCAACUUCUACUGUCCACUGGGGGGCUUCUCAAGAACCACGCUAAUGAAGCACUAG